AUGCCAUAUGGGGCUUAUGGUGGACAGUCGGGUGGUGGUGGUGGCAGCUUUAACCAACCCCAGGGCCAGAGCUACGGCCAGCAGCCCUACAGUGGCUACAGCCAGAGCCCUGAACAGUCCUCAGCCUCUUACAACCAGGGCAGCUACAACUCCAGCUACGGGCAGUCUCAGUCAGGUGGAUAUGGCUCUCCGCCUCCAUCCCAGGGCUAUAAUCAGUCCAGUCAAGCCUACAACCAGCCUUCCCAGAGUGGCUACUCCCAGCAAUCCUCCUACCCCAGCUAUGGCCAGCAGCAGUCUGCUUCUCCUCCCUCUGCCCCCAGCUAUGGCAGCAGCUCCCAGUCAUCCAGUUAUGGAUCCCAGAGUGGCGGUUACGGGAGUAGUGGUGGACAGGGUGGAGGUUACAGCGGUGGCAGUGGUGGACAGGGUGGAGGUUACAGCAGCGGAGGCAGCUACGGCAGCAGCGGGCCUCAGAGCGGAGGCUAUGGUGGGAGCAGCGGCGGCCAGGGUGGAAGUUACGGGGGCAGCGGGGGACCGCCGCCAUCACAGCACGGGGGUUCGGCCUACAGCCAGACGCCAAACUACAGCUCGCCCCCACCACAGAGCUACGGACAGCAGAGCCAGUACGGUCAGGGAGGAGGCUAUGAUGCCCCGGACUCCCCCACAGGAGACAGUGGGGCAGGAGGCUUCAGGGGUUUGGACGGCGGGUUUGGUGGCCGAGGCCGCGGAGGCGGCCGGGGCUUUGGAGGCCGUGGAGGAGAUGGGGGGUUUGAGAGGGGAGGCCGUGGAGGACCCAGAGGACCAGGAGUCAUAGGCACGGCCGAUCGAGGAGGAUUCAAUAAGUUUGGUGUGCAAGAUCAGGAUAACUCUGACAACAACACCAUCUUCGUCCAGGGUCUGGGUGAUACCUACACCGUGGACGCAGUGGCUGACUACUUCAAGCAGAUUGGCAUCAUCAAGAUCAAUAAGAAGACAGGCUUGCCCAUGAUAAACCUCUACACAGACCGCGACAGCGGCAAGCUGAAAGGAGAAGCCACCGUCUCCUUCGAUGACCCGCCCUCAGCCAAGGCAGCCAUUGACUGGUUUGAUGGGAAAGACUUUAACGGGAACCGCAUAAAGGUGUCCUUUGCCACCCGGCGGUCAGAGUUUGGACGCGGUGGAGGAGGAAGCCUGAGAGGUGGUCGAGGCAGAGGGGGGCCCAUGGGCCGGGGAGGAUUUGGAGGUGGUCGAGGAGGAGGAUUCCCAGGACUUGUGGGAACCUGA